UAUAAAACCAGUGCUUCAUCGUAAUAUCAGAUCAAAUAUUGCCAUCGUCCACGAAGGAGAGCAAACAAUCCUGAAAGCCGAGGAUCUUGUGAAGAAAAGUUACGAACUGGAAUAAUAUGGCUGUGGUAAAAACAAAUAUUGUAUCACUUGUAGCGGUGGUAAUAAUUGUAUUUUCGAUGACAAUUCACGGAUUUCCUGAUGUAUUUUCUAAUGUCCUAGGAAAUGGGAGUGCAGCUUUAGCUAAGCUGAUACAAAAAAGCAAUCCUGAAGUAAAGCCAGAAGCUGGCGGAGACGAAAAAGAAAAAUCGGUCACUGAAACUAAAGCAACCGAGGAAAAAGCUGGUGACAAACCACCAGCAAAUGCUGAAUCUGGAAAAAAAUCCGAAGUUCUCAUUGUUGAGACUAAGGUAAACCCAGUGAAAACAACGGACAAACCAGCUGAAAAACCAGUUGCUAAAUCAGAUGAGAAGUCAGCUAAUAAAUCGGAGAAAAAAGCAAAACCGGAAGUUCAUCUUGCUGAGGCUAAGAGUAUCCCUGUGAAAACAGGUGAUAAACCAGAUGAUAAACCGGCUACUAAGUCAAAUGAGAAGCUAGCUAAUUAAUCAGAGAAAGAGGACAACAAAGACGAUUAAAAUCCUAUAGAAUUCAAUCUUAAGAACAAGAAAUCCAUCGGCAAAGAAACAACAAUUUGAAGAAAACUAAAUUACAUUUAGAUAAACUGUGGAGUUAAAUAUUUUGUUUCAAUAGAUUGUGUAAUAAAACAGGAAAAUAAGUUACAGACUGUAAA